AUGUCUGCAGGACAGGGCAAGUCCACGACGCACGUCAGCUUCGUGUGCCAGAAAUGCUCCCAGCCGGUCAAGCUCAACCGUACCCUGGACCCCAAGUCCCUGCUGGAGCUGGCAAAGGACGUGGAGAGCAAGCUGAGCCUCGAGUGGUCCGGGGAGGAAGAAACGGCGAGACAGAGCUCAGAUCGGCGCGAAUCCAGCGCAGCAGACCCGCAUACGGCAGAGGCGAUCGCCGCUGACGAUAAAACCCCUCCGUUGCCGCGGAGCUCGCCGCAGACUAGAACCAGACACCGGGUCAAGAGCAGCGUGGAGACCCUGUCAGUCAUCUACGACAGUCUACCGCCACUGUCGGAGACGGGGGCGGCCGGGAGCAGGCAGGACAGCAAGAGCACGCUGAAGCAAAUCCAAAUCGCCUCCGAGACGUUCAAACUCCUCUCCAGCGUCUCUGACGUGGACCAUCCUCUGUGUACGGACUGCCCCGAGGCCGUCAUCGAGGCAUAUCGUGAAGAGAUAGUCGAGGAAGAGGAGGCAAAACAUCGGUACAAGCAGAUGUCCGCCCGUCUGGAACAGGAGGUGACAGAGUACAAAAUACAGAUGCCAGAGUUGGACCGAGAGCUGGAGCAACUGCAACAGGAGGAGGAAAAACUGAAGGAGAAACUGAGAAACACGGAGCGAAAACGCAGUGAAAUAGCCGCCGAGUUGGAGCGACAGAGGGAGCGUGAGAGGCGACUCAAAGAAGAGGAGCAGACGUACUGGGAGAACUUCAACGAGUACCAGAGACAAGUGCUGCAGUUCAGAGAGGAACAGCGAAGUGUCGACUACCAGCUCCAGUACAUGACCGAACAGCUAGAGCGACUCAAGAAGACCAACGUUCUCAACUCUGCGUUUCACAUCUGGCACAACGGCCACUUUGGGACAAUCAACGGUCUUCGGUUGGGGCGGCUCCAAACCGUGCCGGUAGAGUGGAGCGAGAUCAAUGCUGCGCUCGGACAAGCCGCGCUCCUCCUUGUCACAUUGGCUCGCAACGCCGGUGCUACGUUCGUCCGCUACAAAGUGGUGCCCUAUGGGAACCAGACGUUUGUAGACGUCAUCGAAGGGAAAAAGAAAAGCCAACAUCUCCCGCUGUACAGCUCGGCGGGACUCAGGAUAUUUGCAGACUCAAAGUUUGAUCUGGGUCUGGUGGCCUAUCUCGACUGUCUCAACCAGCUGAAGCAACACAUUGAGAUCAGCAGCGGCUCCAGAUUUGCACUCCCCUACUCCAUCUCUAAGGAUCGCAUCGGAAACGGAAAGGAGUUCUACUCGGUCAAGACGCAGUUCAACACGCUCGAGGGAUGGACGAAAGCCCUAAAAUUUGUGCUGACUAAUCUUCGUUGGGCCCUUACGUAUAUCAGUGCCAACAGCAUGCAGCCCGAAUAG